AUGGCCGGAGAGUUUUUAAGGACCGGUCCUUACUAUAGAACUUGCGAGGUUUGGGAACAGCCCUCUCUUAAGGAGCAGAUUGAGGAGAGGAGCUUCCCACUUCAAGGAAGACAGUCCUUAAGGACGGAGCAUCUUUGCGAGCCACCAGGAGGAGACCCUGAGCAUCGCAGCACCGUCUUAUCCCAGCCGCAGCUGGACCGCAGGGAGGGACCAGUACAGCCAAGACCUGAGUCCAGGGAGCGCCGCAUCACGCAGUGUAUAGGAGGUGAGGAUGCCAAGGUUCAUACCAGGAGACAGGAGGAGACAGGCAGGAGGGAGUGCUGUGACAGCCUUCUGGCACCGAGGUUCAGAUCCAUUCAUGUUGUUGUGACCCGGAAAAAGCAAAGAAAUGAAAAUACGGCUUUCCUGUGCGGUGACAGCACUGUGUGCUGUCCUGCUCUUAUCUUCUAUAGAGGCAGAAGUAUAUACCAGCUGAUUAUUGCACCCUUGACUGCAUCUCCCAAAAAUACACAUCAGCAAAUUAAAGCCAAACUCCAACUUUGGAUCGUGUGGGGAAAGGGAUCUUUUCGGAAGGAUGAUGAUGUCACAUCCAGUGCUGUAAAAGGCGCAGUUGGUCCUCCUACAGAUGUAAACUUUGAAAUAGUAAAUGAGAACACAGUUCGAAUGACAUGGCAAAGACCGAAUGAGAAUAUAAAAGGUUACAAGAUUACUAUUGUUCCAACAACUGAUGGACCUGCAAGAGAGCUGGAUCUCCCAGCUUCUGUAACCCAAACUGUGUUAACAGAACUUGUACCAGAUGUUGAAUAUGCCGUCACAAUCCUUUCUUAUGAUGGAAAAGAGGAAAGUUUACCUGUGUUUGGCCAGCUUACAAUUCAAACAGGAGGCCGCGUGAUGACAGAAGAAAAAAAAAUUAUAACUUCAGACUCCCCACGAUGCUCUAUUAGUGCGGUUGCUGAUGUAGUGUUCCUCGUGGAUGGCUCUUGGAGUGUGGGGAGAACGAACUUCAAGUAUAUUCUUGAUUUCAUGUCUUCUUUGGUUUCGGCAUUUGACAUUGGAGAAGAUAAGACAAGAGUUGGCAUUGUUCAGUACAGCUCAGACACCAGAACAGAGUUUAAGAUGAACAGAUAUUACAGCCAAGCUGAGCUCCUGAAGGCUAUUAAAAGAAUACCUUACAAAGGGGGGAACACCAUGACCGGUGAAGCCAUUGAUUACAUGAGAAAUAAUGCAUUUGUCGAUUCUGCUGGGGCCAGGAAAGGAUUUCCAAAAAUAGCAGUAAUCAUAACUGAUGGUAAAUCUCAGGAUGAAGUAGAAAUUCCAGCAAAGGAGCUUCAGAAUUUGGGAGUAGAAGUUUUCACAUUGGGUAUAAAGGCAGCAGAUGCAAAAGAACUAAAACAAAUGGCCUCCUUACCAUCUCUAAAACAUGUGUACAGUGUUCCUAACUUUGAUGCUAUUGUUGAUGUACAAAAUGAAAUUAUUACUCAAGUUUGUUCUGGUGUUGAUGAGCAGCUCAGUGAUAUCACUAGUGGAGAUGAAGCCCUGGAUCCUCCUUCAGAUUUGUUUGUAAAAGAAAUUACUUCCAAAUCUAUGAAGAUCACCUGGAAGGCUUCACCAAGCCAAAUCACAGGCUACAGAAUUCAGCUUACUCCAAUGCUGGCAGGAAGUAAAUCUCAGGCUGUGAAUGUUGGCCCUAAAACUACAAGUCAUAUUCUAAAGGAUCUUUCUCCAGAUACAGAGUAUGAGAUUAAUGUAUUUGCAAUGAAAGACCUUACAGCGAGUGAGCCAAUCUCAACACUGGAAAAAACCCAGGCAGUAAAAAUAAGAGUGGAAUGUUCCGGUGGUGUGGAUAUAAAAGCUGAUGUUGUUCUCCUUGUUGAUGGCUCUUACAGUAUUGGUGUUGCCAACUUCGCUAAAGUCAGAGCCUUCUUGGAAGUGUUAGUGAAAAGCUUUGACAUCUCACCCAGCAAAGUGCAGAUCAGUCUUGUACAGUACAGCAGAGAUCCACAUACAGAGUUUGCACUGAACAAGUAUGACAAGAUUGAAGAUAUUCUUCAUGCAAUAAAUACAUUUCCAUAUAGAGGGGGCUCUACAAACACUGGCAAAGCCAUGACUUUUGUCAGAGAAAAGGUGCUUGUCCAGAACAGGGGAGCAAGACCCAAUGUCCCCAGAGUCAUGAUACUAAUCACUGAUGGAAAGUCAUCUGAUGCCUUUAAAGACCCAGCAAUAAAACUUAGAAAUUCUGAUGUAGAAAUUUUCGCUGUGGGUGUUAAGGAUGCAGUGAGAACUGAGCUAGAAGCAAUUGCAUCGCCACCAGCUGACACCCACGUUUACACUGUAGAAGACUUUGAUGCCUUCCAAAGAAUCUCUUUUGAACUGACUCAAUCUAUUUGUCUGAGAAUUGAACAAGAAACUGAAAAAAUAAAGAGGAAAUCUCUGACACCAGCAUCUAAUUUGGAGUUCUCUGAGGUCACUUCCAACAGUUUCCGAUUAAGCUGGUCUCCAGGAGCCGAUGAUGUUUUAUCUUACCGUGUCCAAUACAAGGUUGCCAUUGGUGGAGAAGAAUUUAUUUUCAGUGUUCCAGCUCCAACAACUACUACUGUGCUUACAAACCUGCUUCCUGAGACUACAUAUGCUGUCAGUGUUGAGGCAGAAUAUGAGGAAGGAUUUAGCACUCCACUAAAUGGAGAAGAAACAACUCUAGAAGUAAAAGGAGCACCUAGAAACCUUAUUGUAAGCGAUGAGACCAUUGACAGCUUUAAGGUUGGCUGGUCUCCAGCUCCUGGAAAUGUUUUGAGAUACAGAAUUGGGUAUCGGCCAGUUGCUGGUGGAGAAAGAAAAGAAGUAACAGUACCUGGAAAUGAAAGAGCGACAACACUACAGAAACUACUGUCUGACACAAAGUACCAUGUAUCAGUCACCCCUGAGUAUCAUUCAGGGCCAGGAAAAGCCUUGACAGGAAAUGGAGCAACAGAAGAAAUUCUAGGAGAACCUAGAAACCUCCGAGUUUCUGAUCCUACGACAUCAAGUUUGAAGUUGUCCUGGGAUAAAGCACCUGGCAAAGCCUUACGCUACCUUGUAACCUACACACCAACAACCGGAGGGGAGCCCAAAGAGGUUACACUCAGAGGAAACAUUACCAGUACUGUCUUGAAAGAGUUGGAUGCUGGUACAACAUACUCCAUAUCUGUAAAUGCAUUAUACAGGUCAGGAGCUGGAUCCGCCCUCAAUGGGGAAGGAACUACCCUUGAUGAAAGAGGUUCACCUCGUGAUUUAAUAACCAGGGAUAUUACAGACACUACAAUAGGAACGUCAUGGACAGCAGCUCCAGGAAUGGUCCGUGGUUACAGAAUUGCAUGGAAAUCUCUGUUUGAUGAUGAGUCUGGAGAGAAGACUGUACCUAGUGAUGUCACUAAUACAGUCCUGGAGUACCUUAAACCAGAAACAAAAUACAAAAUCUCAGUUUUUGCUGAUUACAAAAGUGGCGAAGGAGCCCCUCUUGAAGGAGAAGCUACUACAGAAGUGUCACCAAAUGCAAAGACUCUUAAAGUUAGUGAUGAGACAGAAAAUACAAUGAAAGUUACAUGGCAGCCGGCUCCAGGAAAUGUGGUGAAUUACCGUGUCAUCUAUCGGCCGAAAGCAGGCGGAAGACAAAUUGUUGCUAAAUUGCCUGGUUCUGCCACUGCAACAGUGCUAAAAAGGCUUCAACCUUUAACCACCUAUGAUAUAACUGUUGUCCCAGUUUACAAGUAUGGAGAUGGAAAAGCAAGACAAGGAGCGGGAACAACAGCUUCUCCUUUCAAACCACCAAGGAACCUGAAAACAUCUGAACCAACUAUGUCAACGUUCCGAGUGACCUGGGAACCUGCCCCAGGAGCAGUGAAAGGAUAUAAAGUCAUCUAUCAUCCUGAAGGAGAUGAUAGGCAAUUGGGAGAAAUGAUGGUUGGUCCUUUUGAUAAUACUGUGGUUCUAGAAGAGCUCAGGGCAUCAACAUCUUACAAGGUCAAUGUUUUUGGAGUGUUUGAGCAAGGAGAGAGUGCACCUUUAGUUGGAGAAGAAAUGACUACCAAGUCAGAUGCACCUGAUGUCACUGUUGAUGCUGGCCUGGAAUGCAAAACCAAUGCUGCCGCAGACAUAGUUUUGCUGGUAGAUGGUUCUUGGAGUAUUGGCCGUCCAAAUUUCAAGACGGUCAGAGCUUUCAUCUCACGAUUGGUUGAAGUCUUUGAGAUUGGUUCUGAGCGAGUACAAUUCGCACUUGCCCAAUACAGUGGAGAUCCCAGAACUGAGUGGCAGCUUAAUGCUCACCCCAAUAAGAAGUCAUUGAUGGAUGCUGUUGCAAAUCUGCCUUACAAGGGGGGCAAUACUCUUACAGGCUUGGCUUUAAAUUUCAUCUUACAAAAUAAUUUUAAGGCUGCAGUUGGUAUGAGAUCCAGAUCUCGCAAAAUCGGGGUUCUAAUCACCGAUGGUAAAUCACAAGAUGACAUUGUUGCACCAUCAAAAAAGAUACGAGACCAAGGAAUAGAACUGUAUGCCAUUGGUAUAAAAAAUGCUGAUGAAAGUGAACUGAAGGAAAUUGCUACUGAUCCAGAUGCUAUUUAUGUAUUCAAUGUCCAAGACUUCAACCUGCUCACCAAUAUUGUUGAUCCUCUCACAAAUAAUUUGUGUAACAGUGUCAAGGGUGGUGACCUGGAAGCCCCUUCUGACCUGAGAACAUCAGAGCCCACUCACCAGUCUUUUCGAGUGUCAUGGGUUCCCCCAUCUCACAGUGUGGACAGAUUCAGAAUCGAAUAUUAUCCAGUAUCUGGAGGCAUACCUCAAGAGGUUAUUGUUAACAGAAAUGACAAAACAACAGUACUGGUUGGCCUAAAGCCUGAAACUGAAUAUGUAGUCAAAGUGUAUUCAGUGGUAGAAGGAGAGAGCAGCGAGCCAUUGGUUGGCCAAGAAACAACAUUGCCCAUACCUUCUGUUAGAAACCUUAACAUUUAUGACAUUGGAACUACAAUAAUGAGAGCAAGAUGGGAAGCUGCCAGUGGAGCUACUGGAUACCGUUUAACAUAUGAGCCUGUCAAUGCAACUGUUCCUUCUGAAGAGAAAGAGAAAGUUGUUGGCCCAUCUGUUACUGACGUGCGGCUAGAGGAGUUAUUCCCAAAUACAGAAUAUACAUUGACGGUUUAUGCACUUUUUAAUGAACUUUCUAGUGACCCACUCACAGCUCAGGAAGUCACACUGCCUGUUCAAGGAGUAGGAAAUAUAAGACUCAGAGAUAUUACACACAGUUCUAUGAAUGUAUUUUGGGAUCCUGCUCCUGGAAAUGUCCUAAAAUACAUAGUGAGAUACAAAACAGGGGAUGAGGAAGAAUACAAAGAGAUUGAAGUGGAAGGCAGAAGGACAACGACACCUUUAACUGAUCUUUUUUCGAAAACUCUGUAUGAUGUCAGUGUCACUGCAGUGUUGGAUGUGGGACAAUCCCAGCCACGACGUACACAAGGCACUACAGCUCCUGUGCCAGCACCGACCAACCUCCAAUUCUCUGAGAUAACAAGACAAAGCUUCCGUGGAACUUGGGACCAUGGAGGACCUGAUGUAGCUAUGUACAAGAUAACUUGGGCACCUGUUGGAAGACCAGGACAAAAGAAAGAUACCAUUGUGGAAGGAGAUAGCAAUACUUUGGAAUUCGUGAACCUGGACGCUGACACUCCAUAUGAUGUUUCAAUUACUGCUGUCUACCCUGAUGAAUCUGAGAGCGAGGAACUGUUGGGCACCGAACGAACAUUACCCAAAAUACCUGUUACAACUCCAAGUCCAAGAAAUGGCCCACGAAACCUGCAGGUGUUCAACGCGACAUCCAGCAGCUUGACUGUGAGAUGGGAUCCUGCCAGUGGAAGAGUGCAGAAAUACAAAAUAUUUUACCAGCCUGCUGUUGGAGAGGGUGCAGAACAAACGCAAACAGUUGGAGGAAGACAGAACAGUGUUGUGCUGCAGAGACUCCAGCCAGAUACUCCGUACACUAUAACUGUGGCAUCACUGUAUACCGAAGGAGAAGGAGGAAGAAUUUCUGGAAGAGGAAAAACAAAGCCUCUUAACACAGUGAAAAAUCUCCGAGUGUAUGACCCAACCACAAGCACUUUAAAUGUCCGCUGGGAAGCAGCAGAAGGGAAUGUACGUCAGUACAAGAUCUUUUAUGUCCCGACAGCUGGUGGACCUGAAGAAGUGACUACUGUUCCAGGAAAUACAAUUUAUACAGUUCUUAGAGGACUUCAGCCUGACACACCAUACACUGUAACUGUGGUCCCUGUAUAUUCAGAAGGAGAUGGAGGUCGCAUGUCAGAAACUGGAAGGACACUGGUACGAGGAACUGCACAAAAUAUUCAAGUAUACAACCCCACUACCAACACAUUAAAUGUCCGCUGGGAUCCAGCUCCUGGGCUUGUGCAGCAAUACAAGGUCAACUACUCUCCAUUAUAUGCAACAAGUCCUCCUCUGUCUGUUGUGGUCCCCAGCAACACUCACACUCUGUUGUUAGAACGCCUGACUCCUGAAACUCCUUACUCUGUAAACGUGGUUGCCAUGUAUGCUGAUGGAGAGGGUGAUCCAAGUCCUGGAGAUGGAAAAACAUUACCUCGCAGCGGGCCAAAGAACAUUAGAGUUUUUGGAGAGACAACUAACAGCCUUUCAGUAAGCUGGGAUCAUGCUGAUGGUCCAGUUCAACAGUACAGAAUCAUCUAUUCUCCAACUGUUGGUGAUCCAAUUGAUGAAUAUACAACUGUGCCCGGUCGGAGGAACAAUGUGGCCCUGCAGCCACUGCUGUCAGACACUCCAUAUAAAAUCACUGUGGUUGCAGUCUAUGCAGAUGGUGAUGGAGGACAAUUAACAGGAAAUGGAAGGACAGUGGGUCUGCUUGCACCAAAGAACCUUCAAGUUUCUGAUGAAUGGUAUACCAGAUUUAGGGUAUCUUGGGACAGAGCUACCUCUCCAGUUCUUGGAUACAAGCUUGUGUACCAGCCACAUGAUGCUGAUGAAUCUGUAGAAGUGUUUGUUGGUGAUGUGAAUUCCUAUACUCUGCAAAACCUGAAUCCUGGAACCACCUACGAUGUCCAAGUCUAUGCCCAGUAUGACACUGGACUAAGCGGACCACUCAUAGGGCCUGGAACGACAUUAUAUUUGAAUGUGACUGAUCUGACAAGCUACCAGGUUGCGUGGGAUUCAUUUUGCGUUAGAUGGACUCCUCACCGAGCUGCAACUUCAUACAGAGUCAAGUUGAAUCCAGUUGAUGGAUCACGUGGGCAAGAAAUAACUGUGACUGGCUCUGAGUCAUCACACUGUUUCCCUGGACUGAACCCUGACACAGAAUACACAGCCACAGUUUUUGUGCAAACCCCGAACCUUGAAGGUAGAGGAGUUUCAACCAAUGAGCGAACCUUGAUAAAACCAACAGAAGCACCUACAACACCUCCUGCCCCUCCUCCACCACCCACAAUACCUCCAGCUCGUGAAGUGUGCAAAGGUGCAAAAGCAGAUAUAGUUUUUCUGAUUGACAGCUCCUGGAGUAUUGGUGACGAUAACUUCAACAAAGUCCGCCAGUUUAUUUUUAACACCAUUGGAGCAUUUGACGUCAUCAAUCCAGCUGGAAUCCAGGUAUCUUAUGUACAGUUCAGUGAUGAGGCACAAACUGAAUUUAGGCUGAAUACCUAUGCAGAAAAAUCACAAGCACUGGGAGCGCUUGCUAAUAUCCGAUACAAGGGAGGAAACACAAAAACAGGAAAAGCACUUAAGUUUGUCCGUGAAAAAGUUCUGACUGUAGAAAAUGGAAUGAGACGGUCUGUUCCCAAGGUGCUUGUUGUGGUCACUGAUGGAAGAUCUCAGGAUGAUGUGAAAAAGUACGCACUGGACAUACAGCACUCUGGUUUCAGUGUCUUUGUCAUUGGAGUAGCAGAUGUGGAUUAUAACGAACUCCGCGAUAUUGGCAGUAAACCAAGUGAACGCCAUGUAUUUAUUGUUGAUGACUUUGAUGCCUUUGAGAAGAUUGAGGAUAAUCUAAUCACGUUUGUGUGUGAGACAGCAACCUCAAGCUGCCCACUUAUGUACCUUGAUGGAUACACAUCACCGGGCUUUAGGAUGCUGGAAGCCUAUAAUCUCACAGAGAAGACAUUUGCAUCAGUCCAAGGUGUCUCCUUACAACCUGGCUCAUUUAACAGUUUCCCAGCUUACAACCUCCACAAAGAUGCUUUCCUCUCUAUACCUACCUCAGAACUGCAUCCCGAGGGGCUGCCACAUUCUUACACAAUCAUCCUAUUGUUCCGCCUGCUCCCAGAGACACCCAAUGAGCCAUUUUCAAUAUGGCAGAUUACAGACAAGGGUUAUAAGCCUCAGACUGGAGUGACCCUGGAUGUACCAAAGAAAGCACUAACUUUCUUCAACAAAGGAGCCACAGGAGAGAUUCAGAGUGUUACAUUUGAUGGUGAUGAAAUAAAGAAACUCUUCUAUGGAAGCUUCCACAAGGUUCAUCUGGUGGUAUCUCCAAAAUAUGUGAGAAUUUAUGUUGACUGCCAAGAAAUAGCUGAGAAACCAAUUAAAGAACCUGGCAAUAUUACAACAGAUGGAUAUGAAGUGCUUGGAAAACUAACAAAGGCGGACAAAAAAUCUGCUCCGUUCCUUCUCCAGAUGUUUGACAUUGUAUGUACUGUAACCUGGACAAGUAGAGAUAGAUGCUGUGACAUCCCUGCAAUGAGAGAUGAAGCUAAAUGCCCAGCAAUGCCACAUGCUUGUACCUGUGCACAAGACAGUAUUGGAGCUCCAGGACCACCAGGCCCAUCUGGUAUUCCUGGUAGCAAAGGUCCCAGAGGUGACAGGGGCACAGAUGGACCUACAGGCCCACCAGGACAGAGAGGUGAACCCGGUCUACAAGGCCCACAAGGCCCACCUGGUCCACAAGGGCCACCUGGACUUUCUAUUCCCGGAGAACCUGGUCGUCAAGGACAAAAAGGUGAUCCAGGUGAUCCAGGAUUACCAGGAAGGAUGGGGACUCCUGGGGUAACCGGACCACCCGGACCUAUGGGACCUCCAGGAGCAAGGGGUUUCACUGGCAAAGAUGGCGCAGUAGGACCCAGAGGACCCCCAGGACCAAUGGGAGCACCAGGGCCUCAAGGAGUGCCAGGUCCAAGUGGUUUACCAGGAAAGCAAGGCGAUAAUGGUCUACCAGGUCCACUAGGACAAAAAGGAGAUAAGGGUGACAGAGGAGAUAUUGCUUCUCAGAAUAUGAUGAGAGCAGUGGCAAGGCAAGUUUGUGAACAAAUGAUAAACAGUCAAAUGAGCAGAUUUAAUCAGAUUUUGAACCAGAUUCCAAAUGACUAUUAUUCCAAUCGCAAUCAACCUGGACCCCCUGGUCCACCUGGUCCUUCAGGCAGUAAUGGUAUGAGAGGUGAACCUGGACCUGCAGGAAGAUCUGGAUUCCCAGGAACACCUGGUGCUCAAGGACCACCUGGAGAAAGAGGAAUACCAGGAGAAAAAGGAGAGAGGGGCAAUUCUGGAAUUGGAUCCCAAGGACCCAGAGGUCUCCCUGGACCACCAGGACCACCAGGCGAUUCGAGAACUGGACCACCAGGUUCUUCAGGCUCUACAGGGCCUCCUGGACCUCCUGGCCGGCCGGGUAACCAAGGAAUUAGAGGUUCUGCUGGUCCAUCUGGGUAUUGUGAUGCUUCAUUAUGUGCAAGUAUUCCUUACAAUGGUCAAGGAUAUCCAGAACCUUACCAGCCUGAAAGUGGACCAAUUGAUCCUGACAGUGAACCCUACGUAGUCCAAAUGCCACCAGAAAGACCAGAUGAUGAGGAUUAUGGACAUGACAUGCAGCCUGACUAUGCUGAACAUAUGCGAUGGAGAAGAUCCUUAAGAAAGAAUGUAGUGAAAUCAUAAAAUGUUUUGUAUUUAAUACUCUAUAUGUGUCAUUUACUUGGUUACAACAGUCAAACAAUAGAUGCAGAGUAAGUGGAUAGCAUGCUUUCCAAUUUCCUUACAGGAUACUGCAAUCAUGAAAUGCACUUGCCAAUAUGUACACAUACCUUGUUUAUGGGUAUGCUGCAAUAUAUCUCACCGUAGGAACAGUAUGACGCUUCUUGUCCCAUGCUUGUCUAAAUGCUUGUAAAAUACAUUGUGCUUUUGCGUUUUUCCAAAUGUGUGAGUAAAGAUACAAAAUUUUAUAAAAUGUUAUACAGCAGAAACCUAAAUUUAGAGCACAUUUCACAGUGGCUUUGUGUCAGCACAAUGACAUCACAUCCAUGCUUCUUAGAUCAUGUUGCCAGCCUUAUGAUGCCCAUUAAACAAACUGUUUCCUUUGUACAACAUGUACACUUCUUCUCAAGCCUGCAUUAUACUUUGUAGGGAAUAUACUGCUUUUUGUAUGCUGCCUCCUUCUAAGCAUCCAGAAACCUUUCAACAUAGCUAAACUUAGUGCGCCAGUUGGGUGCAGGUUUAUAUUGUAGACACAUUAACAGUUACAUGUAUGCCAAAUUGCAGUCAGUCCUGCAGAAAAUGGAAUUGCAUGUUUGUGCUGUAUAUUUAGUAUGGACAAAUUUCAGAAUAUAGUGUUCCUUAGUUCUCAAAGCAGUUUGAAAUUACCUGCAAGACUAUGAAAAUAGAUUUGCUGUUUGAAAAAUUUUAACUGCAAAUUGUGAAUUUCACUGCCUUAUAUUUUUAUUUAUUUCUGAAACAAAAGAGGCGUUUUUUUUUCAAUAAAACUACUGAAAACU